UAGGGCUGCCGAGGUAUUUUCAGACUUGAAGACGCGGUAGCCUCCCUCGGGGUCGCACACCAGGACUGGGUGCACACCAGCUGCAGCAGCUGCGCGAGGCUGUGAGCCCAGAGCACAGCUGUCAGCCAGGUCCCCAGUCCUGCAGAGAAGGACGCCUGGGCCACUGACUUGCCGCCGUGUCUCUCCAGCGGGGAGGCGGCCGCCGGGUCGAACCCACAGUGAGAAGCACUGCAAACUCAUGAACAAUGAAUUCACUUCAUUCAUCCUAUUGGAAUACCUCUGCUGAACUUUUGAACAAAUCCUGGAAUAAAGAGUUUGCUUAUAAAACACUCAGCAUUGUGGAUAAAGUCAUCCUACCUUCCAUGAUUGGAAUCAUCUGUUCAAUGGGGUUAAUUGGCAAUAUCCUUAUUGUAUUCACGAUAAUCAGAUCCAGAAAAAAAACGAUUCCUGACAUUUAUAUCUGCAAUCUGGCUAUGGCUGACCUGGUCCACAUCAUUGGAAUGCCUUUUCUUAUUCAUCAGUGGGCCCGGGGAGGAGAAUGGGUGUUUGGAGGACCUCUGUGCACCAUCAUUACAUCCCUGGAUACCUGCAACCAAUUUGCUUGUAGUGCCAUCAUGACGGUAAUGAGUGUAGACAGGUACUUGGCUCUCGUCCAACCAUUUCGACUUACAAGUUGGAGAACGAGGUGCAAAACCAUCCGCAUCAAUUUGGGCCUUUGGGCAGCCUCCUUUAUUCUGGCGAUGCCUGUCUGGGUCUACUCAAAGGUCAUCAAAUUUAAAGACGGCGUUGAGAGUUGUGCUUUUGAUUUAACAUCUCCUGACGAUGUACUCUGGUAUACACUUUAUUUGACAAUAACAACAUUUUUUUUCCCUUUACCCUUGAUCUUGGUGUGUUAUAUUUUAAUUUUAUGUUAUACUUGGGAGAUGUAUCAACAGAAUAAGGAUGCCAGAUGUUACAAUUCCAGUGUUCCCAGACAGAGAGUGAUGAAGUUGACAAAGAUGGUGUUGGUGCUGGUAGCAGUCUUUAUCCUAAGUGCUGCCCCUUAUCACGUGAUACAGCUGGUGAACUUACAGAUGGAGCAUCCCACGCUGGCUUUCUACGUGGGUUAUUAUCUUUCCAUCUGUCUCAGCUAUGCAAGCAGCAGCAUUAACCCUUUUCUCUACAUCCUGCUGAGUGGAAAUUUCCGGAAACGUCUACCUCAAGUUCAAAGAAGAGUGACAGAAAGUGAAAUCCACUAUAUGGAAUGUUUCAAGAAAACACCUUAAAAUCAAGCUUUUAAAAAGUGCAUGGAUUAAGUGAGUCUAAAUAGGCUUGUCUAUGUUCUCAAUAUGAUUAGAAAAGGCAAGUGAAACAGUACACACGUUCAUGUGUACUUGUGACUUUUGGGAGUGUGAUGCAGAAGAGCAACCAUUCAAAUGCAAUGGGUUAAAUAUGUUAACUUUAGUAAAAUGUAAAAGGAUAAUCUAUUUAGGAGUUGAUCGUGGAUAGUCUAAGGUAUCUAAACUCCAUGACUGUGAAUUGUAAUUUCAGUAUAUCAUAAUAAUCAUGAGCAAACAUGAACAUCAACUAACAGUUUACCAAGAAAACUGACCUCACUGCAAACAAUGCCCUCCAGUUUACUAGAAAAGAACCACCUUACAAUUAGAAUUGAUACUUGGUCAUUUGUUAUCCAUAAAAAUGUCAAUUUUAUAUGGUCCAGUCUUAUGAUUUCAAUAACCAGUCUUACAUUUCUGCAUAACAAUCAUAUAAAUUGAAGACAUGAAUAUAAUAUAUAAUAUAAUAUGGGGUAAGACCUAUUCUGUUUUGCAAAAGCACAGAAAGGUAAAGUGAUGAUUUACUGCCUCACAAUCAUUACCUGAGUUGGGCACAACCAGUCUGCCUCUGUCUUUGGUUCAGCACCACUUUUGCAGUCUAUUUAUCAGACUGAGAGAGGCAACAAUUUGGUUUGUUGUUUUUGAGAGGAUUUGUGUUGCAUAUUUUCUUCUCUGUUUUUAUUUCUGCUUUCUCCUAUGAUCUCCCCCAUCACCACCACUAUGGAAAAAAAAAUCUCAGAAAUAAAUGAAUUGGUGGUUUAAGAAUAUUCUUUUGUUUUCAGCUUUUACCCAUGCCUUUGAGUUAUAGCCACCAGUAUCUGCUUUAUAAUGAUAGGAUUCUUCACUUCAGGAAAUUAGAGCUCAUUCAGACACAUUCCCUUUAAGUCAUAGCAUAUAUUUGUUUAAGAGUACUAAGAAAGCAAUUAGUUUUCAGAUCAUAAAUACUCAUUAUACUUAUCUUUUGGCAUGUAUACAACAUGAACUUUGGUAAAAUUAAGAAAAUAUUUUCCAAGCCUGUGUUUUCAACAAUGGUUAAUACUAUAAUUUUGUUUGUGGAUAAAAUCUGCAAACCCACCUCUUUUACUUAGAUACAUAAAAUCAUCUGUUUCACGAACAUGUGAAACUAAGUUCUGUAUUUGAAAAAUCAUGCUUUCUUUUUUAAUAGAACUAAUUCAAAGCAAAACUUUAAAAAUAAGCUGAAUAUGAGAAAGUUCCAAAAUUUGCCAAAUUCCAAAAUGUCUCCCAAAUUUGCUUUUGAAAACCCAUAUUGCAUCCUUGCAUAUAUAUAUAACUUUAAAGUUUAGAGGUAGUUUCUGGAUAUAAUAAUGUAAGGCAGUCUACAAUAGCCUUUUAAAUUUUUUUGUAAUUUUAAUUUGUACAAUUUAUGUAUGCCUGCUCUUUAACAGGCAACUAGAAUUGUGAAGUUUUAAAAAUAUUUUCUAUUUUAUUUUAUGCACUGUGAUUUAUAAUACUGUUAAUGAUAGGGUUUCGUGCAUAGUUUUCUCGCAUCACAACCUCCACCAGAGUCUGCUUCCCUUCAUCAAUAUCUUAGAGUACCACCUCCACCCCACCAAAACCUUCACCCUAACCCCCAUGCCAAGAUCUGUAGACCAGUUUUCAUGCUCUGUUGCCUUUGGUCAUUUUUAUUUCUUACUAUGUUUAUGUAUAUCCCACAUACAAAAGAGAUUAUUACGUAUCUGAAACUGAUUUUUAAUCAGUCCCUUAUAUAAAAGUCACAGAUACCAGCUCUAUUUUUAAACAACUUGGCCUCCAUUUUUUUGUUUGUCAUUUGGUUCUUUGGGAUAGAUGGGUUUUUUGGUUCCAUAAUCAAUGAUGCUCAGGGGCUACUCCUGGUUCUGCACUCAGGAAUCAUUCCUGGCGGUGCUUGGAGGACCAUAUGGGAUGCUGAGAUCAAGCCCAGGUUGGCCACAUGCAAGGCAAGCACGCUACCCACUGUACAAUCGCUCCAGACCCCUGAUCUCCAUUAUUAUAUGUCAGUUACAUUUGAUAAACAAAGACACAUGACUAAUGACCCAGAACAUUUAAUUCUAAAUAUUUCAUAGAAAAUUUUGAAACAAGGUAAUAUUUAAAUGAAUGUUUAGAUAAAUGGUUGUGUAAACAAAUGAGAAAUAUAAACUGAGGUAGGUCACUUUGGAGAUAUUUUAGUCCUGAACUUGAGCCCUGAAUAUUACAAGAGGUUGGAUGAUCCUUUAUAUUUUUUUUCUUUUGGGAUAUACCUGACAAUGCUCAGAAGUUACUCCUGGUUCUGCAUUCAGGAAUUAUUUCUGGCAAUGCUCGAGUCAGCCAUAUACAAGACAAAUCCCCUACCCUGUACUACCACUCUGGCCCCAACCCUUUAUACCUUUAUUUUAAUCUAAACCCUUUAUUUUAAUCUAAAACAGAGUCAUUGUCAUAGCUAUAAUUACAAGGGAAUUCAUUAUUUUUUAAUCAGGGUUUAAUAUAUAACCCUAUCCAAAGACCGACACAAUGGAUAACAUGUAAUAAUUGAUAAUUGGCAAGAAAGUUAUGCUUACAUCCAUUGUCUUUUUUAAUAUAGAAAAUUACAUGGCUUUAAAACCAGCAUUAAAAUAUUCCAAUAUAACAGUCAGUAAAUUCAUUUAUAUUUAAAUAUUAAAUCAAGGUAAAAAAUAAAAAUGGUGACUAUUAAAUUCAUUUUUGUACCUUUAUAUAGUUCUUUAUGUGUAAGAAUUUUAUAUAUAGAUUUGCAGAGGUGGU